AUGCCUAAUGUAGAAUGUCAAACAGAUCACCACCUUAUACGAUGCAAACUUAACUUCCCAAACCAGAAAGCGAUUGAGUUCCAAGGAGGAGGCUUAAAGUCAACAAUCUUCAAACUAUUACAAUGGAACACAGCUUCCAGUGUCAACCGUGUAUUCCAAGACUCAGUAAUCUUUUACACCACAACCAGUGAAAAUCGAACUGGAUAUAACCCUGACUAUAACAAUGACUCUCAAGGCCAUACAGCAGGAUGGAGGAUCACUGUCUUUCCCCAGAUUUCGCUCUAUGAUGAACUGACCACUGGCUUCAAAAGAAGAGCCCUAAAGAGGAGACACAAGGGCGCCCUGAAGCAAAACUUCAGCCUCAGCCAUACAGAUCACCAUCAAUGGACAAAAGAUAACGCAAAAUCCCGUAUCCCGUCAAUGCCGCCUAAGAAACUUUCUGCUAGCCUUUUGCAACCGAACUUAUUGUGGACAUUUUUAAGAUACUACAGAUGUUUAUCCCGCAUUAGUCUUCUUGGUCAUCAGCGCACAUGCGGAGGCAAAGGUAUAGCACUUGAUAUAUCUUCGUUCGUGAAAUAUAGCUAUAGCGACAAUCAUCAGAUACCGGUUGCUGUUUGCAGCAUCGUAGAAUGA